UCCAAACCGACUAAGAAUUAGUAAAAGUUGUCAUAGUGAGUAUUGUUCCCAUUGAAAAGACCUUUUCCAUGUCACUACAAAUAUUGUUGUUGAAGGGGGAUACCAAAUUGCUCGUCAUCUUUUAAAAAGAUAAUAAAAAUUUCAAUAAAUUUAGUUUGUGUUUAUAAAAAUGGUUGUUGUUUUUAUUAUAUUUGUUUAUUAAGUAUUCACGCACACCACUCAUUAAAUGCACAUCAUCAUUAAUUUUCAUGAGAAUGCACACUGAUUAGGGUGCGAAACGUCGAGUAAUGUAAAAAGCAUCAAAAAACGCAUUUUAAUUAAGUAAAAAAUGGUAAUUCAUCGUAGUUUAUGUUAUACAAUGAUCUGUUCUAAUACAGGCCUUCAAUCUGGAGGAUGAAUGCAGGACGAGCAAGGGUGCCAAAAUGUGCUCGCUGCCGGAACCAUGGCCUCAUCUCCAGUCUUAGAGGGCAUAAGAAGGCUUGCGCAUAUAGACAUUGCCAAUGCCCGAAAUGCGGCCUGAUCAAGGAACGACAACGGAUCAUGGCUGCACAGGUGGCGCUGAAAAGGCAACAAGCGGCAGAAGAUAAAAUAGCAUUACAUUUGGCUUCUGUCGAGAGCGGGACGCCCCUGGAAUCUCUUCCGCCGGGUCGGAUCUACGGCAUGAGGGUCACACGGCCUUGCCCUAGUCCGGGUCCGGAACCUGAUUCUGCUGCUGAUGACCAGACCCCCAUACACAUCGACAGUGAGACGAGCGACUCUCAACCCGACUGCUGUAGCGCAUCACCAGACUCCGCAGCCAACUCAACGGCCAAUAGAGCCCGUGACACGAAUACAGAAGACAGUGCAGUUAGUUCGGCGGGUUUGGAGAUGCUUCGCAAACUAUUCCCCGGGAAGAAGCGAUCAGUGCUGGAGCUGGUCUUGCGACGAUGUAACCAUGAUCUGCUCCGAGCAGUUGAACAUUUUAACGCUACACAUGUUCAAGACAAGGCAGGUGGUAGUUCCAGUGCAGGUUUCGAAAUGUCCGUUUCGAGUACCGAGGAGGCAGAGUCGCGAUGGUCGGCAUUCCGCCCAGUCGGGCCUAGAGCGCCGCUCCUUCCCGCCCUCGUGAUGGGCCGAGUAUGUGGCUCCGACUGGCUCGUCCCACUGCCUGCAUUACCUGCCCUUUCCACUCCUCUACUCCUACCUCUACAACAUCCACAUCAACCGCCACCAUGCAACCCUUGCACACCAGAUUGUCGGCAAUGCAACAUUCAUCAUUAA